UGAUUUGACCUUUGACAUAAUUUACGCGCGAAGUUUCGACAGGAGUUUUUGUGUCGCUCAGGAGAAGAGUCAACAGUAGAGGUUGAAAAUGGCACCUCUAAAAGUCGGCCUGUGUCCUGCACUGACCGUGGAAGUACUGAAUUCUCUCCUGAAUGCGGGUGUCAGAACAGUGUCAGAAUUUGUCUGUAUGGACUUAGAGUUGAUGAUGACAAAGUGCGGCUGUGUGUCAUACAAGGACCUAGUGGCAAUCCGUAAGGUUCUCCUGGUGCAGUACUCAGCUUUUCCAGUAGGGGGCAGCAGCUGGUAUGAAGAGAUUCUGUCAACUACAGCAAUCCUUAGUACAGGGAACUCCAGACUGGAUGAUAUGCUGGAUGGUGGAAUCUUCACAGGGGCGUUGACUGAACUUAUUGGAGCUCCAGGAAGUGGCAAGACGCAGAUCUGCAUGAGUCUAGCGGUCCAUGCUGCGUCCAGACUGGAGCAGAAUGUCCUGUAUGUGGACACUACAGGGGACUGCAGUGGACAAAGGUUACAGGACAUACUGUACUACUCUACAGGCGACAGGGAGAGUUCAACAUUGUCCAGAAUAGGGUUCAGGAGAAUCUUUGACCCCUGGCAACUUCUGGAUUUACUGCAGAAAACAAAGGCUGCUAUUAGCAAACAGAGUGACCUGUUCUACUCCCAGUUGAAGCUGCUGAUAGUGGACUCUGUUGCAGCUGUUAUUUCUCCUACACUUGGAGGUCAGCAAACAGAAGGUCAUGCUAUUCUGUUGAACAUUUCCAGGCAGCUAAAAGUCUUGUCUAGUGAGCAUGCUAUUGCUGUUCUGAUGACCAACAAUGUUGUUCAAGGUGAGUUGAGUGAGCCGUGGCCUGGUCUGGGUCGGUCCUGGCAGCACAUCCCCGACACCAGACUGUUAGUACAGGGGACAGACAGUCCUGAACCUCAGGACAGACACAUCAGUGUGAUGAAAAGUCCACGGCUGCCAAGGGGCCUGUCUACAACCCUGAGACUGUCAGCAGCAGGGAUUCUGGAUCUUCACACACACACAAGCCAUGAGACACAGGGACAGGCGGGACAGUCAACAUGGAAGACAUGAUCAGUGUUGUACUUCUUAGGUCAUGGUCUGACAUUAUGAUACCACACACUUACCAACUCAAAACAAGAAUUCUAAGAUUUCAUACCUCCGCGUUAUCAUAAGUUUGUGUCAGUCAUUGUACCUGCUACAAUCGUUGUGCAAUAAAGUUUGAUUGAAUAGAAUAUUCCAAUCACUACAUUGUAUUAUGAACUAGUCAAGAGCAUUUUGUAAUUGAUUAUGCAAAUAAGGUUCUUGUUUAUAUAGAUAUCUUUUUAUACCCUGAAAUUAAAUCUAUGUCAUACAUAUCAAAUUCCUAUUGUGGAAAAACACUGGCAUUACUAGCUUGAUUUCCUCACAGAAUAUUCAGUCACAUAACUUGUAUUAUCUCAUAGUAUGGAUUUCUGACCUAUAUGUGCAAAGUCAUAAAAAUUCA